AUGCACGACAUGCGGGAAGACAUCGAAAAUCACUUCCAAUUCGUGGAUGAAAUUUGGGAAGAUGAGUUUUGGUUUGUUCAAGCCUGGAGAGUUGGGGGGUCUCUGCGGAGGACGGCCGAUUCACGCUUCAUGGUACCCAAGGACUUUGAACAUUACACAUAUUGCUAUUUGACCUGGUCACCGCGUGUUGAUACGAGGGCUUCAAGCCCUCUUAAUAUCGAGGCCUCUAUUAUGCGUCUGGAAGACCAGGAACAACAGCGCAAGACAGGCCCUUCCUGUUGGCAGAGAGCUAGUUAUCGAGAAGCUGGGUUCAAACGGCUUACCAUGAACCUUCCCGGUCCUGCUGGCCUGGGGGAGGAUUUUCCCUGCAUCUUGAUAGGCAGGACCAUGCUUCCUGCGUGA